UGAUUUGGCAAUAUCAAGGUUCAUCAUGACACAAACACUUCCAUGUUCUUGCAAUUAAGAACCCCUCUCACUUUUUCAUAUUUUUGUUUUUUUAUAAAAUUUUUCUUAUAAAAUCUUGUACUUAUAAAUAACCUCCAAAUUUAGGAUAGUCUUCUAUAAACUUAUCCACUACUACAAAUACUACUUACACUAAACAAACUCAAAAAUAAAGCCCUAGCUAGCUUGCAACUUCUUUAGGUUUUCAACUUAAAUUUUGUUACACAUAAUAAAGAUACAUCUACAAAUCAUCAUCAUCAUGUCCAUAGUUUCUCUUAUUAUGUCCAUGUUAUUGUUACUUCCAAUGCGUGCAUGCAGUAGUGCAAGGCAUACUUUUGAUCUUGCCUCCUAUAGUAAGUUACAGGAUGCAGAGAAAACAAACCUAGUUUAUGACACAGUUGAUCAUAUCAAAGGGUUUCCUAUGACUAAUAUGGGCACUAAAACAUCUUCAGAAAUCACAUCAAGUGCAACUUUGGACAUGAGCACAAGCCAAGUGAUGAAAAAGCAGGGUUUAAUAGGAAAGCAAAGAUCAAUGUUAGAAUCUGAGUCAUCUCACGAUAAAAUGGCCAAAAAGGCAAGUGAUGCAAAUGAAGGUGAAGGCGUUGAAGACGCAGUGGUGAUGGAUUAUGUUGCGCCACAUCGCAAGUUUCCAAUCCAUAAUCAACAUUAAGGCUUAAAUCUUAAUUAUUAUAUUGAUCUUAUAGUUUUCAUAUCUUAAACAAAGUUUACUUGUAAACUUGAUUAGGGUUAUUUUCUAUUCCUAUAAGGAAAAUUUUACAAUGUUUGUUUUUCUAAGCUUAUCACUAUAACAUUUUAGAUUAAAUAUAAUUUUGUAAUACUUUUAUGAUUAAGUUUUAUGGAGUGUGU